AUGGCAAAGCAACGGCUGAAGAUAGGGAACGACGAGGACCUCGCCAGGAGCAUCUUCAAAUUGACAUUGGAAGACAGAACUGAGGGCAGGCUUGAAGAAGGGCGAAUCACAGCUGAAAGUCGAUGCACGCUGAAUGAUACCUUUAGAGCUGCAAGGGAGCAUUCAGCGGAAAUACAUGGAGAAGCAUCAGAUAAUUACCGCAAGCUUUUCCUCCUCGACAUUGAGAUGCAUGCUUGUCUUCAAACUGUAACUGAUGCUGUAAAUCAGCUUCACUUGGCUGAUGGGCAACAAGUACUGGGGAUGCUUACUGCAGAGUAUGAAACAAUGACUACUAUGCAGGAAGAAGUGAGACACAUGCAAGUCAGUAGCGAUGCUUGUAAUGAGGAGUUUUGGCACGCAAUUCUUGGAACUUUGGAGGAAAUGAGGCUUGCGGUGAAGAGCAUCAUGGACGUGAUCGCUCAUAGAGCAACCAAUAAUGAUCUGGAUAGUGCAAAAAUUGUCGACACAGGACCCUGCUUCAAACAAAGAUACCACAAUGCCAAUCCCGCCAUACUCCUUACCAUGCUCAUUGCCUUGAUCUUGAAUGUCUUCGGACAUGUCACUCAUCCAUGGUGCAAUGCAGUCCUUGGCCUUUUGAAUCUUCUCCUCGAGACUACACUCAGAACGUCGACCUGUCCCACCAUUCCCUCUGAUAUCCAUACCAUCCAUAAAAAAUUUGACUUGGACCCAGUUACUCAAACAUUUGCCACCUGCACAAGAUGUUCUUGCACAUACCCACCUGUACCUACAAGAAAAAAAUCACCAUACCCCGAAUGCUGCACCCAUCAGAGGAAGGGCAAAGGCGGAAAAAUGUGGACGCCGGUGCGCCCGUAUGUCAUUCAAGACUUCAAUGCAUUCCUUGCCGAGAUGUUAAGUCGGCCGAGUAUAGAGGAAGCUAUGGACCGUGGAAUGAUGAUGAAUGAGAAGUAUCGCAUGUGGAAUAUCAAGGACGGCACUGUGAUGCAGGAGAUCCUCGGCGCUGACGGAAAAUCAUUCUUGGAUGGGCUGAAGAGACAGGAUCUCAGAUUAGCAUGA